CACAUUUUCACCCCUUAGGUAUGCAUUUCCUUUGCAUAUUAGUCACACUUUUAUCAAAUGUCGAUAUAACAACAAAGAAAAAAUGAGUUUUCGUUUGAAAAUAUGAUUAGAGACAACAUAUUUCACAAACAAAUUAAUUUUUUUUGUAUGUUAGUGUAAAAAACUGCUAAUGCUCUGACAAAAUAUGGCAUUUGCUAACAGUUCUUCCCUAAAAUCACCAACAGCAUUAGAACAACUUUUAGAAGAAAUCAAUUUUCAAAGGACUAAAGAAAUGCGACAACUUCUCAAAGAUGAUUCUGGAUUUGUCAUGCUGCAAGGCACAACUUAUUGGACAGACUUGUUUGUGAGACAUUUUCUGUUUCAAAACGAUUCAACAAUUGACUGUGAUGAUUUGCUGUUUUUUGUGAGAAAAAAACACGUUAAAGGAUCUCCUCGAUACCUGCCAAAGUUUGAGACUGAGGUAGACGUUUUCCGAAAAGACAGUAGGAAAUUGCCAAUCGGAGAUCCAGAUAUAGAUUGGGAAGAAACGGUUUAUCUCAACUUAAUUAUACACCAGUUCGAAUAUACACUCACCUUGGCAAUUUGCACUCGUACCAGCCCGAAAGAAUUGCAGGUUCUCAAAAGACACUCUCAGAAAGUCUAUGCAUCGCCCAGCAGAAGGAGAAUGGACACCAAGGGAGAUGUAGAAGAAAUGACUUAUCCCCAUAUCUGUUUUAUGGUGGACAACUUUGAUGAGGUGUUUCAAGACAUAUUAGUUAGGGAUGGCGAAAUGGUGUGCGUGGAACUGGUAGCUGCAGAUAAAGUGGGAACGGUACAAGGGGUCAUAUUCUUGGGUUCUAUUCGAUAUGAUGCCCUGAAGAAAGUAUACGAUGCUCGUCAAUCGAGUUUAGGCACAAAAAUGGCACAAAGAAUGACUUUCGGACUGUUUUCAAGUUCGGCAACACAGCGCUGCGAAUUUGUGAGAAUGAAAGGGCCUCAAGGCAAAGGCCAUGCUGAAAUGGCGGUGACAAAACCCAAAGGCUCCGGUGUAGAAACUCCAACUUCUGAGCCCGGAUUUUGUGCCACCGAUAUGUGGGAUUCGGAUUGGGAGGAUGAUCCGGAAGAUUUUUACCUCUACAGAUCACAAAGACGUUUAAGCGAUCCCAGCGCGAAUAUAAAUAAUUUUGUGAGAGGCAGUUGGAGGACCAAGUUGGAUGUCAAAGCCAGGUCAGAGAGCGAAGGACUGGACAAUUGGGAUAAUGGCGUCAGUGAAAUUGAAGCAGGCGAUUUAAGAGACGGCCAGUCCGGUCCUGCUUCUAUGUCCAAAUCGAGCUGCUGUGGCUGUUUCCAAAGAAGGAAGCGUGGUUCCGUCAUCCUGCUCGAAAUGUAUGACAGACCGCCUUGUUUGAACCCCCUAAAAUGCGCCUUAAAAGCCCCGCUGGGGCCACCAGAGAAUAAGUGCGUUUGUACCUCGCACGUGACUAAUUUACUGAACCAAUCGGAAUAUGAGGUGGGGAAGGAAAAAGUAAAGAAAAAGAGUAAGCAGCUUAAAGUGGUGAAAGAAGGAAAACGAAAAAAUAACAAGUUUAAUACUGAGUUUGAAUUUGCGGACGAUGCUAUCAGUUUGAACAGCGACUCAGUUGAAGACAGACCUCCUAGCAGGGCUUCAAUUAAAAGUAACAAAAGUAAUACUUCUUUGGAGAAAAGUACUACUGAAAAUCCCUACAUUACCGUCAACGGUAAAGAGGAAUUGCCUUGUGUACAGGAAAUAAAGAAAAUAUGCAUAUCGGACAAUAUAUCUACAAAGGAACCACAGCGUGUUAGUGUGGAUAAUGUAAAUAAUUACGUAAACACACCCGAUGAUAACCAAACCAACAAGAACGCGUCUAGAAUUAAGUUCAAUGCUUCCAACAGAAAUUUUGAUGGAAACUACAACAAGCUCACCAUCAAAAAUAUUUACAGCUACUGUACGCUACCAAAAAAUUCAAAAAAGAAUGGGAAAACUUAUGUAAGAGGACAAAAGCACGUGAUUCCGCCUAAAAGAGUAACCCCCGAUGGUACUAACAUAUACUACUGGUGUGACCUUAACAAAAAAUACCUGAAUGAAUUGGGAGAUGGCGCAUAUAAUCCCUUAUGGACCAUGCGAGGAUUCACUCAAACGUUUCAUUUCUGGAAAGAAAACAAACGUGCACAAUCCAUACCACUGAAUGCCUUUCUUACCUAUGUCACAUUGCCAUGGUGGAGUAUAGCAAAAGAUAUUUUGGAUCACAGAGAAGGACCGAUAUUGACAUUUUAAAUUACAUCGAAUGGGACGUAACAGGACCUUGUAUUUAAAGUUCUUGGUGUCAUGUAGUGGUAUUGUUUAAGUAAAUAAUACCAAUUUUCAAAGUAAUGCUAAAAAUGUAAAAAACAAUAAUUAUUGUACUAAGAAAAUAAAAGAGUUAGAAUUUUUUAAACAGCUUAUUUCAUAGAAUGUAAUUUCAA